AUGGCUAAAAACAUCACCUCCAACUCGUUAUCGAUAAUCCGACCGGUCACUGGCUCCCUCUCAGGGAAGGUAAAUCUUCCCUGCUUCUUCUCCACCAUACCAACCUCAGCGCCGGUCAUCAGCCCCAACGGAACUGCCAUCUAUAGCAGAGAUUACCUACGGAUCAAAUGGACCAAAAUAGUGGGAGAAGUGGAAUCCACAGUGCUGGUGGCACAAAAUGGCUUCAUCAAGAUAGGUUCCAUCUACAGGAACCGCGUGUCAGUGCCCAGUCACCCGGAGGACGUCGGUGACGCCUCUCUGACGAUGGUGAAGCUGCGUGCCAGUGACGCGGGCACUUACCGCUGUGAGGUCAUGUACGGCAUUGAAGACACCCAGGAUACAGUGAACCUAGAUGUCAACGGUGUCGUCUUUCACUACCGGGCGAGCGUCAGCAGAUAUACACUUGACUACCAGAACGCUGUCAGGACUUGCCAAAAUGUUGGAGCAACCAUUGCCACAUAUGACCAACUGAGAGCAGCCUAUGAGGACGGCUUUGACCAAUGUGAUGCCGGCUGGAUCGCCGAUCAGUCAGUGAGAUACCCCAUCAUCAAGCCAAGGAACGGCUGCUAUGGCAACCUGAAGACCAAACCUGGCAUUAGGACAUAUGGCAUCAGGAAACCAACAGAGACCUAUGAUGUAUAUUGCUACGUAGAUAAACUUCAUGGUGAGGUGUUUUAUGCUCCUGUGACCCACAAGAUGACUUUAGGAGAGGCCAGUGCAGAGUGCAGGAAGAGAAAAUCUUCUUUGGCGACUCCUGGCCAGCUCCAUGCUGCCUGGCGACAGGGCCUGGACAAAUGCGACUAUGGCUGGCUCUCCGAUGGCAGCGUGCGACAUCCUGUUGCAGUACCCAGAAUGAAGUGUGGGGGGGGCCUGCUCGGCGUGAGGACCAUGUAUCGCUACAGAAACCAGACCGGCUUCCCAGAACCAUCUACGAAGGUUGGGGCUUACUGUUUUAAAGGAAUUCACUCAUGUACAAAGGACAUUUGUCUGAAUGGAGGAUCUUGCCACAACAUCGGAACCCUUUAUACGUGUAGCUGUCCUCCGGGGUACAGUGGUGACCGCUGUGAGACAGAUAUUGAUGAGUGCCAGUCGAAUCCUUGCCGCAACGGAGGCACCUGUAUAGAUUGUGUGGCUUCCUUUUCGUGUGUGUGCCUCCCAAGCUACUCCGGGCUGCAUUGUGAAGAGGAUACAGAAAUCUGUCAAGAUGGCUGGCACAAGUUUCAGGGCCACUGCUACAGGUACUUCCCCCAGAGGAGGAACUGGGACACAGCAGAGAGAGAGUGCCGCAUGCAUGGGGCUCAUCUCACCAGCAUCGUUUCCCACGAGGAGCAACAGUUUGUCAACCGUCUUGGACAGGACUACCAGUGGAUCGGCCUGAAUGAUAAGAUGUUUGACAGCGACUUCCGCUGGACUGACGGCCGGCCCAUGCAAUAUGAAAACUGGAGGCCCAACCAGCCCGACAGCUUCUUCUCCUCGGGCGAGGACUGUGUAGUGAUGAUCUGGCAUGAGGACGGCCAGUGGAACGACGUUCCUUGCAACUACCACCUCACCUACACCUGCAAGAAGGGCACAGUGGUCUGUAAUCAGCCCCCUGUGGUGGAGAAUGCACGAACCUUUGGCAAAAAGCUUGAGAGGUAUGAGAUCAACUCUCUAGUGAGGUACCAGUGCAGGACAGGCUUUAUUCAGAGGCACGUCCCAACUAUCCGUUGUCGUGGGGAUGGACGAUGGGAUCUCCCUAAAAUCACCUGCAAUAACCCAUCCAGCUACCAGAGGUCCUUUAACAGAAGACAUCAUCACAGCAGUCUCUACAGCAUCAACAACUUCAGAAGACUGCCAGAUGAGGCCCUCGGCUUUCACAAUCAGCUCUACCGGGGAAGGAGGAAGAGGACUGGACAUUAG